AAUAGUUGUGAAACAUUUUGUGAAAUAAUCAAGUUAUGUAUAUGUGAUGUGGUGUGAAGCUAAUUCUAUUGUUUAUUGUACUUUCUAUUUGUGUCCUGUUUUUGCAUAUUGCUAAUUAUCUGGCCAACGAGGGCUGCAAAAAGCACAGUUGUACUCGCCCAUCUUAAAUCCCUAAACUUUGCCACAAUGACAAUGGGCGAUGAACUGCCUGUCACUUCUUUGGUUUUGCCCGUUCUUAUUCGCCCUGUGUUAACUCAGUUGGAGAAAUAUGAUUUGGGCGCGUCUCAGACAUUACGAGCAGCCCUUACUAAGGCGGAGGCUGCAGUGCCAGGGCUUAAUUAUGAUUUGGUGGCUGGGAUAAUGCGAAGAGCUGAUAUACCUGUCAAUAUGAAUGAGAGUUUACUGCGUUUGCAGGGGGCUCUUACAGAAUCAGAAUGUGCUGAUCUAAGGCUGAACAGGUCUGAAGAGGCAUUCCAAGAAUUAAACAAGAAAUCUACUGCAUUGAAGAAAAUUUUGAGCCGCAUUCCUGAUGAAAUAACAGACAGAAAGACAUUCCUGGAAACUAUUAAAGAGAUUGCAUCGGCUAUCAAGAAACUUCUGGAUGCUGUCAAUGAGGUGUCCCAAUAUACACCUGGUCCCGGAAAACAAGUGCUAGAACAAAGGAAAAGGGAAUUUGUCAAAUACUCUAAAAGGUUUUCAAACACAUUGAAGGAGUACUUCAAGGAAGGACAGGCCAAUGCUGUGUUCGUGAGUGCUCUUUAUUUGAUCCACCAAACAAACCAAAUCUUAUAUACCGUAAAAAAUAAGUCUGAAUAACUUUACCACUUCUGUAAUAGUAUUUACUAAUUUGUCAAGUGUAUUAGUUACAUAUGAAAUAAACAUGGAUAUGGGGUUAAAUACCUAGUUAAUCGAAAGUUUAAAAAGUAUAAGUAUAGGAUAUUGUUUUUCAUGUGCAGUCUUAAUAUAAAAUAAUCAUUUUACACCCUAGUUGAUAACAUCAGUGGCCACAAAUUGUAGAUUGAGAGUCUUUGAAGUUCUUAAGACAUGGGCAGUAAAGAUUUGGUAAUUGAGUUCUAAGCUAACGAAUAUACUUUUACCAGGUGAAAUACAUGUUGUGGAAUCCAGGUGGAAUAUAUUUUGGGAGAGUGUAAGAGCACUCAAAUAAUUUUUCUAUAUUGACAUUUAUUGGGAGUUUAAACGGUAAAUUACUAUUUAUUACAAGAUUGAAGAUUACUAUUUAUUUAUUUAUUAUUGAUUGCUAAAGUUUUAACGACAUUGGGAAAAGUCUUAUGGCUGAAAGCUUUCAGGUAUUCGUAUUAGUAUAUCGAAAUUUAAAAAUUCUUACCGUCUUUCAUCCAUCGUAGGAUAUGUGUAC